AUGACUCGCAACUCAUGGUUCUCAUCGACGGUGCCGACGCAUCCGGGCAUCGACGUCUACCUUCAGGACGUCGUCGACGAUCCGACGCGGUUGGCCGUCGAGCUCGAGAAUCCGAUUCGUCUCGUAGACAAACGCGGCGUUCGCCUUCGGAUGCGCAAAACGAAAACCGUCGACGUUCGACGCGUCGAGUGCGGCCACGCGGUCGGCGAUUCGCGUCGAAGCGACGAACGCGCCGCCACCAACAAUCGCACCAAUUACGCCAUGUGCGCCAUGAUGGUGGCGAUGCGCUAUUGCAAUUGUCAUCCGCUUCUCGCCGAGCUUCUACACUACGACAUGCAGGCGUACAGGGACUUUUUUUUGCGAGUGGCGCAGACGAGCGUGUGCAGCGUCGAGGCGUACGAUAAUUGCGCGCGGCGGUACGUCGACAUGACGCGAAUCGAGAAUUGGCACGAGGACGUUGGCGACGAUCUGCCCGGCCAUCGCGAGCUCGUGAAAUGCCGCGACGACAAUCAUCGCAGUUGCCUCAUCACCUCCUAUCCGGGCACCAUCGACGGCUACGAUCUGCCCGACGAGUAUCGAAACACCGAGGAUUUCGUCGCGAGACUCGUCCUCGAGUACACCACAAUGAAAACGACGGAGAUUCUCGUGUCGAAAAAUCCCAACGUCUAUGAGAUGCUCAGCUUCAUCGGCUACAAUCUCGCGUUGUGGUUCACCGUCGGACACAUUCUAUGGACCAUGUUCUGGUAUGCGAGCGGAUUGUGUUGCGCGCGGACCAACAAGAUUCGUCCCGAGACUCGCCGUAAAUCGAGCCACUCGUCACCGCGUCCGCCGCUUCCCGUCGAGACCCAACCGCAGCAAAUCGACGCCGACGAGGAGAACACUUAA